CAACUCAAAGCCUAAAUUCACGUCACAUUUUCAUUUCCUAGAUAUCGCAGGGUUAUACUAACUGAGCAUGAGUUGGCCCCUGGCGUGGACUCAGUAGCUGCUUAAACACCUUGACCCGUGUCUUAUUAAGAGGGCCAGUGAGACCAAAUGGAUCCUGCAUUUCAGUCUGGAGAUUCCCAGCAAACAUUAUUUGAUGAAGCAACCACAGGUGAAGUUCGAAAGAUUUUGCAGCCGAGCUCAGAGAAUGAUGCAAAGCUUCAGGAGCUGAAGACGUUCCUUAUUGACUGGAUCAACAAUGAGUUAAAGGAGGAACAUAUUGUUGUGCAAAGCCUGGAAGAGGAUCUCUUUGAUGGUUUAAUUCUUCAUCACAUUUUACAGAAAAUGGCAAACAUCAAAAUAGAAGUGGAAGAAAUCACAUUAUCUUCUAUCAACCAGAAACGGAAGCUGGGAGUGAUACUGGAAGCCGUGUCUUCACAUCUGCAACUGGAGGAAAGCCAGCUGAAGUGGGACGUGAACUUGAUCCACAGUAAGGACCUUCUUGCCACACUACAUCUGCUUGUUGCCCUAGCCUGUCAUUUUCAGCCUGAUCUACCUCUUCCUUCCAAUGUGUCUGUAGAAGUCAUUGUUGUAGAGCCAACAAAAACUGGAAUGAAGACAGGAAAAGCUAUUGAAUUUGUUACCCAAAACAGCAACAAAGAUGCGGCUCCCAAGAAGGAUGGAUUUGAUCAACUUUUUGAACUUAAUCCAGAUAAAGUAAAUGAUGUUAAACAGGCAAUGCUGAAUUUCGUGAAUAAGCAGUUGGUCAAUCUGAGUCUCACGGUGACAGAUCUUGAUUCUCAGUUAGCUGAUGGGGUCAUUCUCCUGCUGUUGAUUGGACAACUUGAAGGCUAUUUUAUAAACCUAUCUACAUUCUUCCUGACACCCGAAUCACACAAUGACAAGCUUCACAAUGUUUCACUUGCCUUGGACCUUCUCACGGAAAGUGGGAUCUUACAAAACCCUGUUGAACCUAUAGAGAUUGUGAAUGGAGAUUUAAAACCCACCCUGCGAGUCUUGUACAGCCUGUUCCUCAAACAUAAAAAAGCCUCAAAACCUUCUUGAAGAUGGAUUUGGAUAAAGUCUCAUCAGAUCAUAUGAUGCCGACUAUGAGAUGUUCUUAUGUCUUUUCAUUUAAAAUGUCCACAUUUUUUUUAUUUUUAUAAAACACAUGGGAGAUGAUGAUUUCCUUCAAGAGAUGGAAAGACUGUUACAGGGGAUAAUGAAUGAGCAGAUACAUAAAAUAUAUUUUGUUGUUAGACCAAGUAGGACAGCAGCUGUGCAGCGAGCAACCUCUUAAUAUACUCUAAUACAAAGAAAAUAAAUCUAUUUUACUCCCA